CAAAUGUUGGUCUGGGUGGGAACAGAAGUUAAAAACAGAUGUGGUGUGGGAGCAGCGGAGUGUCUGAGCCAGGCAGACUACUGGUGUUUGUUUUGUGUUUAGCUGUGGAAGGGAGGACUCAUCAUCACUUCUUCCUGCUGGGAAAAUCAUCUAAGAUGGAAAAAACAAGACACUUUGGGUUUUCUCUCUGAAUAUAGUUGUUUUUUUGUAAUUUGAAGGGACAAAGAGUGUGCUCCUCUGGUUCCCUCUGUGAUUCAGUGGUCAUGGGCAGCUUCCAGGGCCAUGCUCUCCCUGGCUGCUUCUUUUAUGUGGCUGGGAUUUGGUGGACGGGGAAGUACUCGCUCUGGCACGCCACGCGCAGGAACAGGAGCUUAGGCUCCACCCGCUUUGCUAGCAGAGCCUCACAGCGACGCCUGGAGAUCAUUGAAAGCUCUGUUAUUCUCUUCUUCUCCUUUGUUGGGAUGCUGGCUGAGCAGUUCGUGGCAGACGGGCCGAGGUUGCAUCUGUAUGACUUUGAGGAGAAGCACUGGAAGUACCUGCAUAACUGGCAACACGCUACCAUGUACCUGUUCUUUGGCCUGGCUGCAGCGGUGUCUCUGAUCACCCACAGCACGGAGGCAGCACCGCCGGCUCUGGACAGGCUGAUGCUGGGCAUCGCUUUCUUUAAUGAAGGAUUUCUGUUCCUGUAUCACCUCCACGGGAGGAGCAUGCUUGACGUCCAUGUGCAUCAGCUCCUUCUCUAUGCCGUCUUUGGACAGGCUCUGAUUGCCUUCCUGGAGGUCUUCCACCGAGGUAACAUCAUUCUGGAGCUGCUGCGCUGCACCCUCACGCUCCUGCAGGGCUCCUGGUUCUGGGAGAUUGGCUUUGUGCUGUACCCUCCCAGUGGGCCUGCGUGGGACCUGAAGGACCACAGCAACAUGAUGUUUAUCACCAUGUGCUACUCCUGGCACCUGGCCUUUGCCAUGCUUGUCGCUGGCGUGCUGUACUGCACUGUGAGCUGCGUGGUCCGCUCCCGGUUGAAGAGGACUCCUCCAGUUGAAAUGGGACUUCUGAAGACGAGGGAGCGUGACGCCGAAUCAGAGGAUGAAAUUUAACGAGGACGACUGUCGAGAACACACAAACUUGUUGAUAUCACGGCGAAAUCAGGGAUGUGAUGCUGAUCGGCUCAGCAGCAGCAACACAGAUGGAGCAAAGGAAUACAACCAAGGUUUACUUUAGGAAUAUACCUCCACCUCUGCCUGAUUUAUUCAGCUGUAAACUUUGUUUAGCUUUACUUGGUAUUUAUUUUGCAGCAACAUAUCAUGUUAUACUCUGUCAUGUCUGUGUUAUCAGUUUGCACAUAAGAGUGAGGUUUUUCUGGAAGGCCUGCUUCUUAUUUGGAUUCAUUAGUUAUUAUUUGUGCCAUUAAGUGCUGGAAACAGUCAGUAAAUUAUUUACUGUUACUGGAAACGCGAA